AUUAUGUACUCUGGAAAUGCCACUGAAAAUGUAUGCUAUAGGGGCAAGUAUGUUGGUCUGCUGUGUUAAAAGAACAAGUUAAAUGUCUUAGAGCAACACUUAUUUAAAAACUGCAAUCCUACCAAGUAAAGCAAAAAGAAUGUGAACAAAUUAAAGCGUUAACCUACCUCUCUACCGUUCUAAAGAGCCCUACUUUGGUAAAAAAAAAAAAAAAAAAAAAGAUAAAUAGAUAUGGCAUUGCAGAAACGAUACUUCAAGCCCAUUAAUAAAGAAAGUAGUACUUAAUACAUUAUACACAUUAUUGCGCGCGCGUGCACACGCACACACAAUCUGAUUAAAUCGUUUUAGCCUCUAUCAAACUGAUACGCAGGUAUUUAUACCGGUUAUUUUUUCUGCUGAAAAAUAAUGCUCUUAGUUUUUGCAGUUGACGAGACUUUAAUAGUUAACCCCCAUAAGCUGCUGUUGCGUAACUGAAUGUAAACUUACUGACAAUGCAUGGCUAAAUGUAUUUUGCUCUAGGGGAGAAGACUAAAGUCAUGUCUGCUUCAAAGAAAAAACGUAUGGGCUCUCAACGCCGCUCUCUAAAUCCAAAUGUACAAGAAUCUCCAGAGACCAGCGAUACUGCAAAGAGUCCACCUUUACCCCAAAGUAGACAAAGAGCGGAUGCAAUGACUGAUUUAACUUUGAAUCCUGGCAGUACGGAAUCAGAUCCACCUAUGAGGAAGAAAAAGUUGGGCUCUCAACGUGGAAAUAAAGGGAAACUGCAUUUUAAGGAAUUGGAUGUUACUACGGAGUCAAGCGACAAACCAUUUGAGGAAGUGGAGGGCACUACUACACAUUCACAGGCUCUGGACUAUUUAGGCAUUCAAAAUGAAAGCAUUGAUGAAUCACUUGAAAGAAAUCCUACUGAAGGGAGUGAGGCAGUUGAUGAAUCUUCAGUUGCUACUAUAUCAGCAUUAACUGAAGCCAUCUUAUCUGUGCCUCAAACUAGUGAUAUUCUGAACAUCAACAUGGAAACUAGAUCAGAUUCACCACUGAAUGAUGGCCAAAAUAAAAAAAUACCUAAAAUUGCUAGUACUCAAGAGAGUGUGUUAACGGAAAUGGACUUUGCACAACAAAUGCCAGACAUACUUGAAGCCACUCUCCCCACAGGUGUGACUGGAGAAAGCACAUACCCUGUCAGAUUAAUAGAGCAAGAAGACAUCAACAUCACAGGUUCACAUGACGAUAAUAAUAAACUGAAUAAAGCAGAAGACGAGGCAGGGCAUAUUGAAAAACCAGUUUGUCAACCAAGUGACGAGAGCUCUUUGCCAACUGCAAAAAUACGAAAACUUGGCUCAAGUCGAAGGAAAAAGGAAGUCAAUUUAAAGGAAUUACAUGAUCAAGGUCAUGAGUUGGCUGUGGAAAGUAACAUAUCUAAUACAUUGGAAACAACUGAUCUUACAGCUGUACUAAAUACCCAGGAAGUUACUGUAGACACCUCACUAGAUGAUGCCUACAGAGAAGAGGAGCAACCAGUAAUGUAUGCAUCACAAAAUGUCAAACAUAUUGAGGAACCAAAAGUUGAAGAUUUGUUAGUUGAUUUUGAAGACCAAGAAGUUAAAGAGACAAGAUCAAAUGAUGAUGAAAAAGUUGUUAGCCCGCAAGAUCUAUCUGAACUGUCAUUUAUAGAAAUCUCUCCCACAGAUGACACAAUUACACCCCAGUCUUCCUCACAUCCAGAUAUUACUGUCAGUGUGCAAGAUGUUGAAGUAGCAAAAAUACUAGAAACCGGUGACAGUUUCACACAGCAAGUUUUUGAGGAAACUGAUGAGUCAGCAGAAAGCAUAACAGUUGAGAAUUCUUUAACAUCAGGAAUCAGAGCAGAGGGUAACGCCUGUUCAAAAGAAAACACUGGCACUUUUGAAAAUGACUUUUUUGCAACAGAGGAAGAAGAAAAAAAAGAAUUUGUUCAUCAAGAAGUUAAAGAUGAGACCUUAAUUAGCAGCAGUUUGUCAAGUGAAAUUCCUUCUGAAUUGGAAAGGGAAAUGUCUUCUAUUGCACAAUUGAUAACAGAAGAUGAAACGAUUCAACUUGGUGAUCCCAUGUUUGGAGCACAAAUGGGAAUACAGUCAUCAACAGAAAAUCUCCUUCCUUUUGAUCAACAUGACAAUUCUGAUUUACUGAAUGUUUCUGUCAGUCCUGAACCAGAAGAUAAAAAUGAGAUGUAUGCAGCACAGACUGAAAAUAUGGAUCAAAGAACCUCAUCAUCUGGGAGUGUCGCUGAUGAAGACAGCUCAGUGGACUCAACAAAUAAUAAAGACACAUUUUCAGAUGAUAAAAGUAUAAAUCUAACAGAGGAACAAUUAGUUAAAACUUCUACAGAUGGAGUAAGCACUAUCCCAGAUCAAGAAGAAGAUAUAAAACUCAGUGAUGAAUCUCAAAUCGUACAUGAAGAUAAACCUUUGGUAUCUCCAAACAUCAGCCUGGAUGAUGUUUGUGAGGGGGAGGGAUUAUUAAAAGCGGAAACUACAGCAGCAGUGGUUCAAGAGCCAAAUUUGAAAAGCAGUACUUACCCAAAUGAAAAUAUUAACUUUGGCCUCUUGGAUGAAAAAAACAAAGAAAUUGAUGAGAAAAACUUUAAAGAGGAGACAAUUGAAAACAGUGGUAUAUUGUCAAAAGAGAUGUGUUCUGAAGAAUCUGACAUGUCAAUAAUGUCAAAAGAUGGAGUCACUGAACCUACUGUUGAACAACCUGCAUUGCAUGUUACUACUGAAGACCUGCUGCACUUAGAUGAAAGCAAAGAAUUUGAUGUACAAAAUGUUAACACUCGUCUCGAGAAUGUGACGCAUAAAGGUGUUGAUGACAACUCUGCAGGUUUAGCAGAGCUAGGGGAAAGUACAGACAAACUGCUUUUUAGUGCAACACACAGUGCAAAGAAUGAGUCUGAAGGCGCUAAUACUGCAGUCAUUUUAGAGCAAGAACCAGAACCACUCAUGAGUUCUACAUUAAGCACUGAUCCUAAAGAGGAAGAUAAAGAGAUAGAACUUGCUGAUAAACAGUUUCUGAAUGAACCUAUCUAUCCGUCUUUUCUACAAAAAGAAGAACCUCAACCAGAAGAACCACCCAGCCCAGAUGUUUCAACAGAAGAACAUAGUGAGGAUAAUAAACUAAAACAAUAUGUUGAGGUGGAACUGCUUGCAUCGCCAAACAAGGAAAAUGUUUUUGUUUUGAUACAAGAUUUACCUGAAGUAGCAGAUGGGGAGAACCAUCCAACAGAACUAAAUAAAAGUAAUGACAAUGUUCCUAUUGAGAUCUCUGAAGAUCAAAUGGAGAAAAAUGAAACAAUAGUUGGUCUGCAAAAACAAGACAUUUCUGACAAAGAUGCAGUUCAAAUUCCACAUACUGAUAAAAUAAAUACAUCUCUGGCUUCUCCACAUCCAGAUGCUUCUGUUGGUGAGGAAGAUGGGACUAAUGAAGGCUCACAGCUCAUAGGAAACAGAAGAAAACUUGGGUCUAGCCGCAGAACCAAAAAGCAAAGACAGGUUAAUAAUGAAUCAAAGGAGACUGAUGUUACACCAAAUGAAAGGAGUGCAGUAACUCAAGUAGAGUCUGUAAUUGAGGAACAGAACCAAGAAUUCUGUAUUGUUGAACAGGCGACUGGGCAAGAAUUGGACAAAAGCUCCGUACAAGUUCAUGAUGAGGCCUCGGAGCCAGUUGAAGACAUUGUAAUCACUGAUAAAAACUUAAAAUCAACAAAAGUGACAGCAUUGUUUGAGGAUUAUUUUGUAAAGGAUAUUGUCAAGGACAAUGCAUUAAAAAGUGAAAACAUCCAAUCCAAUGUUACAGACAGUGUAUUAAAAGUGGAUUCAUCAUUCAGACAGGAAUCACCCAAAGAACCUCAAGACACUGAAGAGAAUGAUUUAGAAACUGGAAUUUAUGCAUUAAAAGAGCCAAUAAAUGUUCAUCAGUUAACGUAUUUAUCAGAUAAUGAGACACAUGAAGAAAUAGAUACCUCUUUGCUACAAGCUGAGCAUCCAGAUCAGGUGGAAACUAUUGGAGAACCCUCUGAAGCUGUGCAGUUGGUUAAUGCACCUAAUACUGACCCACACCAUGGUCGGAGAAGAAAACUGGGUUCAAGUCAAAGAAUGAAAGCAAGAAAACCAGAAUUAACCACCGCAAAUGAUGAACCAGUCAAUGAAAGCCAAGAUAUUGAUAAGGUCACAGAGUUUGUGCAGUCAACUGCAACAGAAGAUUUACCACAAAAAGAGCUAAAUAGUCUUAACUUUGCAUCAGAAAUAGAGGCAGAACUAACAAAUCAAAGCAAUGCAAAACCUGCAGACAAAAUAUUUGUAUUAUCUGACAAAGAGCAGACUGUUGACAGUGAAUUCUCCAACCAAGACAAGGAGAGGAAUAUCCAAGAAAAUAAAUCAGUUGAAGUCGAAAGUAGUUUUACAGUAGAUCUGAAUGACAAAGCAGAAGCAGAUUCACCACACAAUGCUGAUGUACUCCAGGAUAACACAAAGGGAGGAUCAGAGGAAGUGAUCACUGCAAAAAGUGAAGUUUUAAUGCAAUCAGCUGUAACAGAUGCAGCAAACAUACCAAAGAAUCAACAAGAAGUUCAAGACAUGGAGUUUUUAAAGACAACUUCUGAACCCAAAAGAAGAAAGAUGGGCUCAACUCGGAAAUCACAGCUCAAUAGGAAGCAACAAGAUGAAGAGCAAUCCCCAGAAGACAAUGCAGCCAUUUUUGACAUCACAGCAGCUAUACAUGGGGAAAAAAGUAUUGCAGUUGUUGAUGAAGAAGAUGUUAGCAUUGCCACUGUUAGCCCUGUUAAAGAUGAACAGCAAAAUGAAGAUAGCGCAGAAAUGCAAAUGGUAGCGCAAGAAAGUAAGAAGGAUGAGGCUUUGCCAGUAGAGGAAGCUGCACUGAUAGAAGUCAUAAAUAAAGAUGCAACACACAAUCUUCAACCUAUUACCAGUGAGGAAAUUCAACCAUCAAGCCCAGGCAAAAGGAGAAAAAUGGGUUCCACUCGUAAGAAUUUAUCAACUAAAAAAGAAAGUUCACUAGAGGAAAUAGUCACUCCUAUAAAUGUCGAAAAAGAGGCAGUUAUGAAUGUUUCAAAUGAAAAUAUUGAAAGUAAAGAACCCAGUGCCUUACUUAUACAUGAAGCAUCCGUGCAUCAACAACCACCAGAGGAAGAAACCCCUCUCAGCCAACAAAACAAGCAGUUGAGACCUGAGUCAGAGUUAGAGGUCUCUCCCCACCCUGAUGUAAUGACAGAAGAUGCAGCUAUAGCAAGAAGAAGAAAAAUGGGGUCACAUAGAAAACCCCACACUGAUCAAAGCAUCAGGCAGGUAAAGGGCACUGAAGAGAGCCUGCAUCCACUAGAAGGACCAAGAACAGAGUCACCAAAAACAGGUCAAACAGAGGAAAGAGACAACAAAGCCUUUUCCACUGCCUCUGCUUUCAAUAUUAAAGGGGACACUAGGCCUGUGGGUCAGAAAAUUCCACAACAACUGCCUCAACCGUCUAUGAAUGUUCGCCGGGCCCAGCAGAGUAAUAUCAGGCUUGCUGCAGGUUAUGAUCUGAGUGUCAGUAAGUAUGAGGUCAUCAUGAUUGGAGACAGCAGUGUGGGCAAGACCUCAUUCAUGCAGAGGGCUCAGAGUGGCAAGUUUUCCUCAGAUAUCCCUGCAUCUAUUGGAAUGGAUUCAUACAAGUGGACAGUGGUUGUGGAUGGGAAAACUGUUGUGCUGCAUCUAUGGGAUACAGCUGGGCAGGAGAGAUUUCACAGCAUGACUAAACAGAUCUUCCACCGAGCCCAGGCAUUUCUCUUGAUGUAUGACAUUACCUGUGCUCAGACUUUUACAGCUGUGACUUACUGGGCAAACUGUAUCAAGGAAGGAGCUGGAGAGAAUGUAGUUAUUUUACUACUUGGGAAUAAGAGUGACAGCAAAGAACGAAAAGUUAGAACAGUGGAGGGAGAACUUCUUGCCCAGGAGAAUGACUUUGCCUUCCUUGAGUGCAGUGCUGCUACAGGUGAAAAUGUUAUUGAAGCUCUGGAAACAGUUGCCAGGCUGUUGAGUCAAAAGGCAGCCAGACGGGAGGAGCCUCUGGUGUUGCGUAAACCUGAACCAAGAAACAAGGGAUGUUGCUAAAUAUGGCAACACAUUAUUGUGAAUAGAUGAGUAAAAAGUCAUUAUAUUAUAUUUUUAAAAGCAUAAAAGGAAUUUAACUAUAUCAUUUUAUCUGUAAAGUAACUGUUGCAUGGAAAAAGAUUUUGUACAUUUAGGUUGAAUGUUGUGACUUUGAAUUAAGGGAUAGCUUUAAAUUGUGUAAAUUUGCUUUAAAUACUGUAACUAUAAUAGCCUAUCUAUACAAUCAAAACAUGUGGGAAGUAUGGGAGGAAGUAAUUUCUACUUUUGCACAACCAAUGCCACUUUUGCAAUUCUUUGUGA